CCGCGGUUACUACGUCAACUGACUGGGACGCAGAGCUCACGCGGACUCUGGGAGUGCUGAGUCGAAUAUCCUCUCUGGCGUCUCACCGUUAGAAACCGGCUGCUAAGUUCACCUGAAUCGGAGAUAAAACAUUAGCUCCACUUCGAGGUGGGACGCUCUCAAUUACCCCAAGGGGAGACCUUAACGUCGGGUUUAAGGCGGACACUUACGUAGACCAAGAACUGCGUAGUUGAAAUCUCACAGUAGUGAAAAUCUAAGACCCACGAUGGACCCGACAGACACUGCCCCUGAUUCCUGGGAACAAGAGGACGAUGUGGAGGCCACAAUCGACGGACAACUUGAUUCAGCAUUCACAGCCCUAAACGUGAAUGCCAAACCGUUUGUACCCAAUGUGAACGCCGCCGAGUUUGUUCCGGUUUUUGCAACGAAAGCGCACUCGGAAAAUCUCGAGUCUGUCGUUACUGUUGAAAAGAUAUCCACCAUGGAGGUGUCAGAAAGUGCUGCUCCAUUGGAGAACGGCGACGCAGAGAUGACCACAGAGGAGCCGUGGGACCAGAAAGAGGCCGAGCCAAACGAGGACGAGCCGGGAGGCGGGUCUUGUGGGGACCGGGGACCAUCGGGGGCGGCGACAGAGGAGGCGGCACCGGAGGUGAUGGAGGAGGAAGAGGAAACGCCGGCGCCCAAGGUUCCACCUACACAGCCAGAUGCCCCCAAGAAGGAACACAUCAACGUUGUGUUUAUCGGACACGUAGAUGCUGGCAAGUCCACCAUUGGCGGACAAAUCAUGUAUCUAACUGGCAUGGUAGACAAGAGAACCUUAGAGAAGUACGAGAGAGAAGCCAAGAAAAGAGCCGGAAACCUGGUACCUGUCUUGGGCUUAGACACCAACCAAGAGGAGAGGGACAAAGGCAAGACGGGGAGGGGGCCGAGCAUACUUUGA